CCAUUUGGGAUGCAGCCUAUGACAAAGUGUGAGGGCGGAAACUUCCAGAAAGCGGACUGGGUGGCGUGGAAAUUGCCGGAAGGUAAAAUAGCUAACCGAAAUACUCACAGGACUUAAUACACGUAUCUGAAGACAUUCAGUGUUGUCCUUUGUGAGAUUAAAUAAAAGAUAAACUCCUUUUUGGUGUGGACCGAAGUCUUAGUAGCUCCUCAUUAGACCCGCACAGGGAGGCUGUUAUAAGAAGGGAGACAAGGCUAAAAAAAUGCAGGAGUGUGUGACGGUGAUCACCAACCCCACAGUGUCUGUGCGUGUGACCAGCACCCUCAGCUCCUUUGAUGUGGACCGGAGAUUUAACCGAGGGAUCACCAUUGCAGAGCUGAAGUGCAAGCUGGAGCUCAUCAUCGGCUGCCCCGCAGCCUCUAUGGACCUCCAGUUGUUCAGCUCUUCAGACAAGUUCUUGCAGAACCUUGAUGAUAACGACGCUCUGUUAGGUUCCUACCCUGUAGAUGACAACUGCAGGCUACACGUGAUUGAUCGCAGCGGUUCUCUGACUGGAGCGUUCAGUGAUUUGUCCCAGGUGGAGAAAUAUGAGAUUCCUGAAGAUGCAUAUGAUAAGAGAUCAGACUCGGUUCGAAACUUCAAGAGAAACAUGAAGAUAGGGCGCUUCAACGAAGAGACUGCGGCUAAGCAUGAAGAGACACUCUCACAGAAAGAGGAAGAGGAGAAAGCUGCAUUAGCCUUGAUCACAGUUGGCAAGCGGUGUCAAGUGAAAGUGGCUGGUCAGCCAACAAAGAUCGGCACAGUUAUGUUUGUUGGUACGACAGACUUCAAACCAGGCCACUGGGUGGGUGUGAAAUAUGAUGAGCCACUUGGGAAAAAUGAUGGCAGUGUGAACGGCAAGCGGUACUUUGAGUGUGAGCCAAAGUACGGUGCGUUUGUGAAGCCUCUGUUCGUGACUGUGGGAGAUUUUCCAGAGGAGGACUAUGGUUUGGAUGAGAUGUAGGCUCCACCUGCCAUGGUAUCACAAGGUAUCAGGCGGGGGGAAAAACAUCCAUCUGGAAGGACGAAGCAGAACUCUAGUCAUAGCCCUUGAUUACAAGGGUUUUUUUUCCUGUUUUUUUUCCUGCUAAUGAUAUUUUAGUUUCAUAAUUGUCCUGAAGAGACCAAAAAGGUGGCGUUUACACAACACUGUUGGUGGAAAUUUAACAGCAUGUCCUAGCAUUAAACAAGAACGUGCUUAUUUACAUCUCUAUGGCCACUGGCAUUACUUAACUCAUAAUGUGAGGACGGGAGUAGACGCCAAAUUAGCUGUCUGACAUAUCACUUGAGGCAGAAUGAACAGAUUUUGUUCUUUGCCAAGCUUUUCAUCGCGUUUUGAUUUGUGAAUAUUUCACAUCUUGUUUUCUCAACAAACUUGUGUUGUGUUUUUUUUUUUUUUCUCUUCAUAGCUGUUUUUAAUGAAUGGCAAAAUGUGUAAUAAUAGAUGAAGAGAUAGCAUAACAAUUCUUUGUUUUAUUUAACUGUUUUAUUUUCACUAGUAAGUGUAAUAUGUAUAAAUGUUUUUG